CCGGUUCCGGUAGUGAUCUUGGACUCGGUGGUCCCAGUGUUAGUAUGAUGUCGCUCCUAUCCCGAUUAUUGGAUUGGUUCCGGUCCUUGUUCUGGAAGGAGGAGAUGGAGCUGACUCUGGUGGGGCUGCAACACUCCGGGAAGACCACAUUCGUCAAUGUCAUCGCGUCGGGGCAGUUCAGCGAGGACAUGAUCCCUACGGUCGGAUUCAACAUGCGCAAAGUCACCAAAGGGAACGUGACCAUAAAGAUCUGGGAUAUCGGCGGGCAGCCGCGGUUCCGCAGUAUGUGGGAGCGAUAUUGUCGGGGGGUCAAUGCCAUAGUGUACAUGGUGGACGCAGCCGAUCGGGAGAAGGUCGAAGCUUCCCGGAAUGAACUGCACAAUCUUCUGGAUAAGCCGCAGCUACAGGGGAUACCGGUUCUGGUUCUCGGGAAUAAGAGGGAUCUUUCCAGCGCCUUGGACGAGAAGCAGCUGAUUGAGAAAAUGCACCUGUCAUCGAUCCAGGACAGAGAAAUCUGCUGUUAUUCCAUUUCCUGCAAAGAGAAGGAUAACAUAGAUAUCACUCUACAGUGGCUGAUCCAGCAUUCCAAGUCACGCCGUAGCUAAAGGGCUUCAUUCUAAUAACUGCUGCUCUGUAUAAUGGAACGUGCCCUCCCCGCCCCCCGAGGAUGCGCCCUCCAUCUCCCUGCUCUGCACCCCGGGAAUGCGCUCUUCACACUGUUUUCAUGUUCAAGCGGAGGACGCGGCCUGGAUGCU